AUGACAGCUUCACUUGUGAACGGCUCGAGCAGCCACCAUGACCAUGUCCUGAAGAGCUUCCGGCUUCUUAUCGCCGAUCUCUGCCAGCAGUUUGGCGGCGGACACCCUGGCGGUGCCAUUGGCAUGGCAGCCAUCGGAGUCGCCCUCUGGCGCUACAUCAUGCGCUACGCUCCUCACACCCCCGACUUCUUCAACCGCGAUCGCUUCGUCCUCUCCAACGGCCACACUUGCCUCUUCCAGUACACCUUCCUCCACCUUACCGGGUACAAGGCCAUGACUUUCGAUCAGCUCAAGUCAUACCACUCCGAGCGAGUCGAUGCGCUGUGCCCAGGCCACCCAGAGAUCGAGCACGAAGGUGUCGAGGUUACCACUGGCCCUCUGGGUCAAGGUGUCGCCAACGCGGUUGGUCUAGCGAUGGCUUCGAAGAACCUUGCGGCUACAUACAACCGCCCGGGGUACGAUGUUGUCAACAACCACACAUGGUGCAUGAUCGGAGACGCAUGCUUGCAGGAAGGUGUUGCCCUGGAGGCAAUCUCACUGGCUGGCCACUGGAAGCUGAACAACUUGACAAUCAUGUACGAUAACAACCAGAUCACCUGCGAUGGCUCUGUCGAUCUUACGAAUACCGAAGACAUCAACGCCAAGAUGAGCGCUUGCGGUUGGGAUGUUAUCGAUGUGGAGGAUGGGUGCUAUGAUGUUGAGGGUAUUGUACAGGCUCUGCAAAAGGCCCGUGCCUCAACUGACAAGCCCACCUUUAUCAAUGUCCGCACUGUCAUUGGUCUCGACAGCAAGGUCGAGGGACAGGCGGCUGCCCACGGCGCGGCAUUUGGGGUAUCAGACGUCGCUGAGAUGAAACGCAAGUACGGUUUCAACCCAGAGGAGCACUUUGUCAUUAGUGAUACUGUUCGCGAGUUCUUCGCUGAUAUUCCGGCACGCGGAGAGGGCUUCGUCAAAGAGUGGGAUGAUCUCGUCAAGAAGUACAGCGAGGCACACCCCGAGCUGGCCGCCGAGUUCCAGCGUCGUGUGCGCGGUGAACUCCCCUCCGACUGGCAGGAGAAGAUCCCAACUGAGUUCCCCGACAAGCCGACUGCUUCGCGUGCGUCGUCUGGUCUCGUCUUCAACCCUCUGGCACAAGACAUCAACAACUUCAUGGUCGGCACAGCUGAUUUGUCGCCUUCCGUCAACAUGAUCUGGAAGGGCAAGGUUGACUUCCAACACCCCGACCUCCGCACAACCUGCGGUAUCAACGGCGACUACUCCGGCCGGUACAUCCACUACGGUGUCCGCGAGCACGCCAUGGCCGCCAUCUCCAAUGGCCUCGCAGCCUUCUCCCCCAACACCUUCAUCCCCAUCACCUCCUCCUUCUUCAUGUUCUACCUAUACGCCGCUCCCGCCGUACGCAUGGGCGCCCUGCAGCACCUCCAAGUCAUCCACGCGGCGACACACGACUCAAUCGGCAUGGGCGAAGAUGGACCCACGCACCAACCCAUAGAACUCGCCGCGCUCUACCGCGCAAUGCCAAACCUGCUAUACAUCCGGCCCGGUGACAGCGAAGAAACAGCCGGCGCCUGGAUCGCCGCAAUCAACGCAAAGAAAUCAUCCACGAUCAUCUCCACCUCACGACACGCCCUCCCGCAACUCAAACAGACCCGCCGCGACGGCGUCCUCAAGGGCGCGUAUAUCCUCGAAGAUAUCCCCAACGCAGCCGUAACGAUCCUCGGCGUCGGUGCCGAACUCUCCUUCGCCCUUGAAGUCGCGGCAACGCUGAAGGAAAAGAACAACAUCACCGCGCGCGUAGUCAGUUUCCCCUGCCAGCGGCUCUUCGAGCAGCAGAGCGUCGAAUACAAGCGAAGCGUGCUGCAACGACACAAGGGGAUUCCGGCGGUCGUUAUCGAGCCGUAUGCGCCCAAUGGGUGGGAGCGCUAUGCGGAUGCGGGGAUUUCUAUCAGACGCUUUGGACAUAGUUUGCCGGGCAAGGCCGCGUACAAAUUCUUCGGCUUUGAUAUCGAGGGGAUGUCUGAGAAAAUUGCCGGGUAUCUAAAGAGACGGGAGGUUGAGGAGGAGCUUAAGGGGGAGUUUGUGGAUCUCUAAUUGAAUCUUGGAUAAGUUUGUGAUGGUAAUGAUGUAUAGAC